AUUGCUAGUCAUAGUGGAUACGUACAAGUUGACUGGAAGAGAGUUGAAAAAGAUGUAAACAAAGCAAAAAAGCAGUUAAAAAAGCGUGCAAAUAAGGCAGCACCUGAAAUCAAUACUCUAAUUGAAGAGUCAACAGAAUUUAUCAAACAGAACAUUGUGGUGUCCAGUGGGUUUGUUGGAGGCUUUUUGUUAGGCUUGGCAUCGUAAGGACCUGAAUCGUCUCUUCUGGUGGCUUUCACGUCGGUGAAGAACUAUUACAGUGAUAUGCCCUCUUAAAGCAGAAGGGGGUCACUGGGCCUUCCGGAGCAAGACAAGUGGACUAGCUAGACAACGUGGAAGCUUUUACAUUUCAAGCUUUUGCCUCUUGAAGCUUGGCAAAACUAGGAUUUGCUGAAAAACUCUGCAGUGUGCUCAUUAAACCAUUUCUGGGCAAAACUGGUUCAUCUUCAUCAUGACUCUUUUUAUCUAUGACCUUUCAAGAUCUAGCAUUUUUUAAAAUGUUAUUCUUGGAAUGUAGAUAUGUAGCCAUACUGUAAGAAAGCAAGCUCCAUUUCUAUGGUUUUGGUUAAUAACUGUUUAUUUUUUAAGUAUUUUUCUUCAUGCUGUAGUAGAUAAUAUCAAUGACUACAUAAUAUAUAUAUGAUAUUGUAGUUUCAGCCUCAUGGCUGUCCAUGUUCUUUAGAAGUCACUGCAAUAAUCUAUCAAUCUGUAAUACCUUUUUACAGAAUAUUAAAUAACAGAGGAUCAUGAGCUUAUUAAAGGUGAAAA